CGUAGUCUUAUGUCCAGCUCCUCACGACCGCCUCCCAGACGUGGCGCCUCGGGAGCAUGGAAUCGAUUCAAGUCUGGCGGUCCUACUGACCCCCUGGACGUGUAUGGUCUUCCCUCUAAGGGAGAGAUGAGAUUGCACGACCACAAAGUUCAGGAAACCUAUUAUGCCCGGAUUGUCGACAGAUAUAUGAAGUUUUGCGCGACAUGUGGCGGAAGUGACGAGUUGGGAGCUGCCUUUGCAUCGCAAUCCGUCCCGGAGACCGGUUCGACUUCCAUUGUCGGAAAUGGUGGCAGCAAGAAACCACCACUCUCACAUCGGCCGUCCGAUGCAGCCCGAUCGAGUGAUCUACCCAACAUCCUAUUGGCCAUGCGAAAACUCCGUGAAGGCAUCCUGGGUUCUCGUCGGAGAGAUCACUUUGCGCAAAGAACAUACAUGUUUAUCAUCCACACCAGCAUUUUGAGCAAGUCCUGGGAGUCUUACCUUCCUGCUCUGCAGUAUUUGCUCGGGACGAUUCACAAAUACACUCCGCUUUCUGUUCCAGAACAGCAAGAAUUCUCCAGCUAUCAUAUUUUAGAUUUGGCGUGUCGACAAAACGAGCUUUUGGACGCGUUUGCCGCAAGAUUGACAUUCAAGAACCGAGACAGAAGAGUGGCCACAGCCUUACAAGCCAUUGUGCAUGAUGAUUGGGUCAAGUAUUGGAGGACUAGGAGGGCUGUAGAUGGGUACCAGAGAGCCAUCUUGGAAUUCGCAGUCGACAGGAUGAGACUGCAUGCUUUGAAAUGUCUAGGCAGAGGCUACCUGAGUGCUGACAAGGCGUAUGUGGAACGGAGUGGAGACCAGAGCUGGGAAGAGCUUGUCAAGGACGGUGUCGGCUGGCAGUUGCAGGAGACUGGGAGCGUCAUUAUCAAAAAGCCAAAGUCGAAAUGA